UAUGGUAAUGAAUUAACCACGCCCAGUGGCGGUUGGAAGGUUCCGGAAGGUUCUUCCCGGUGCAUUGUGGGAACGGAGACGCUGGUUCGGAUCCUCAGACAUCUGACAAGAUGAUGCCCACGCCGGUCAUCCUGCUGAAGGAAGGCACAGACUCGUCUCAGGGCGUCCCGCAGCUCAUCAGCAACAUCAAUGCCUGCCAGGUGAUCGCCGAGGCCGUGCGCACCACCCUGGGCCCGCGGGGCAUGGAUAAACUCAUCGUAGACGACAGAGGUAAAGCCACCAUUUCCAAUGAUGGGGCCACCAUCCUGAAGCUCCUGGACGUCGUCCAUCCUGCGGCCAAGACCCUUGUGGACAUCGCCAAGUCUCAGGACGCGGAGGUCGGUGAUGGCACCACAUCUGUGACGCUGAUCGCUGCCGAGUUCAUGAAGCAGGUGAAGCCCUAUGUGGAGGAGGGGCUGCACCCCCAGGUCAUCAUCAGGGCGUUCCGCACAGCCACCCAGAAGGCGGUUGAUAAAAUCCGAGAACUCGCUGUGACCGUAAAGAAGGAGGACAAGGAAGAACAGCGCCGCCUGCUGGAGAAGUGCGCCGCUACCGCCCUGAGCUCAAAGCUGAUCGCCGUGCAGAAGGACUUCUUCUCCAAGAUGGUGGUGGACGCCGUGUCCUUGUUAGAUGACCUGCUGCAGCUCAAGAUGAUUGGGAUCAAGAAGGUCCAGGGAGGGGCUCUGGAGGAAUCUUGCCUGGUGGCUGGAGUGGCAUUCAAGAAAACCUUCUCCUACGCCGGAUUUGAGAUGCAACCCAAGAAAUACGAGUCUCUAAAGAUCGCCCUGCUGAACAUAGAGCUGGAGCUGAAAGCCGAGAAGGAUAAUGCCGAGGUCCGGGUCAGCAAUGUGGAAGAGUACCAGGCCAUCGUGGACGCCGAGUGGAACAUCCUCUAUGACAAACUGGACAAGAUUUACAAGUCCGGAGCCAAAGUCGUCCUCUCCAAGCUGCCCAUCGGGGAUGUGGCCACCCAGUACUUCGCUGACCGUGACCUCUUCUGUGCCGGCAGAGUGCCCGAGGAGGACCUCAAGAGAACCAUGAUGGCCUGUGGUGGCUCCAUCCAGACCAGUGUGAACGCUCUGACGGAUGAUGUGCUGGGGCGGUGUGCUCUGUUCGAGGAGGUCCAGGUGGGCGGAGAAAGGUAUAACUUCUUCACUGGCUGCCCGAAGGCAAAGACCUGCACCAUCAUCCUGAGAGGAGGAGCCGAGCAGUUCAUGGAGGAGACUGAGCGAUCUCUGCAUGACGCCAUCAUGAUUGUAAGAAGAGCCAUUAAGAAUGACUCUGUGGUCGCGGGGGGCGGAGCUAUUGAGAUGGAACUCUCCAAAUAUCUGAGGGACUACUCCAGGACGAUUCCUGGCAAACAGCAGCUCCUCAUUGGCGCUUACGCCAAGGCCCUGGAGAUCAUCCCCCGGCAGCUCUGUGACAACGCCGGAUUCGAUGCCACCAACAUCCUGAACAAGCUGAGAGCGAAGCAUGCCCAGGGCGGCGUGUGGUACGGCGUGGACGUGAACAAUGAAGACAUCGCUGACAACUUUGACGCCUGCGUCUGGGAGCCGGCCAUCGUGAGGAUCAACGCCAUGACGGCAGCCUCAGAAGCCGCCUGUCUUAUCCUGUCUGUGGACGAGACCAUCAAGAACCCCAGCUCUUCAGCCAACGCCCAAGGAGGAGGAAGGGGCAGAGGGAGGCCGCACCAGCAUUAACCACCUCUCCACUACUGGUGGAGGAUGGGGAGAGUACUCCAUGGUGGUAAACCGUCACACUGUCCUGUCACUGAGGGCGGCGCCAGGCGGUUAUCGGAUCGUUGGUCCCUCAGCAGGACAGGAUCCUCACUCAUCAUCUGCUCACGUUGUUCUGAGGAUUCUGACCUCUUCGUUUUUGUUACUGUAUUUAUUUUCUCUGAACAAAAGCAACUCGCUAAUAAACGCACUUCACU